UUCCCCCACUGCGUCCUUCUCUCUCUCACUUCCACCGCAGCCCUUCUCAGAACCAUCCACAGAGAGCUCCAAUGGCCGCCACCGCCACCUCCACCGCCCUUCUCCGGCCGACCCCUUUUCUCGGCCAGGCCAGAGGGUCGCCGCAGAACCCCCUCAGAGAUGUCGUCGCCAUGGGGACUGCCAAAUACACCAUGGGAAAUGAUCUGUGGUAUGGGCCGGACAGAGUGAAGUACUUGGGGCCGUUUUCAGCCCAGACUCCGUCGUACUUGAACGGAGAGUUCCCAGGCGACUAUGGAUGGGACACUGCUGGGUUGUCCGCUGAUCCAGAGGCCUUCGCCAAGAACAGAGCUCUUGAGGUGAUCCAUGGGAGGUGGGCAAUGUUGGGAGCUCUAGGGUGCAUUACGCCGGAAGUGCUGGGAAAAUGGUUGAGAGUGGAGUUUAAAGAGCCAGUGUGGUUUAAGGCUGGUGCCCAAAUCUUCUCGGAGGGUGGGCUGGACUACUUGGGCAACCCAAACCUGGUCCACGCCCAGAGCAUCCUGGCCGUGCUAGGCUUCCAAGUGGUGCUAAUGGGGCUCGUGGAGGGCUUCCGCAUCAACGGCCUCGAUGGUGUCGGUGAAGGCAACGACCUCUACCCCGGCGGGCAGUACUUCGACCCCCUCGGCCUGGCCGAUGACCCCACCACAUUCGCUGAGCUUAAGGUCAAGGAGAUCAAGAACGGGCGGCUCGCCAUGUUCUCCAUGUUCGGGUUCUUUGUUCAGGCCAUUGUCACUGGAAAGGGCCCACUUGAGAACCUUCUCGACCAUUUGGAUAACCCAGUGGCUAACAAUGCUUGGGUUUAUGCCACCAAAUUUGCGCCAGGUUCAUAGACACACAUUCAAUCUGGUGGGACUGGGAAUUCAACAAUUUGAAGUUUGUGUAAAUUGUUUCUACUUCCUUUUUGGUGUGAAUGUGAUUUAUUAGAAAGUUGAGUAACUUGGAUCAAUGGACAUUCCCACUUGAUCGAAUGAAGUUUCUUGAUCUUACUUCGAUGAUUGAA